AUGAUUCAACUUACCUCCGACUGUAUGGAAAAAAUCUUUGAAAAUUUGGAAUAUGAGGACAUCCAUUCAUGCUUACUUGUUAAUCGUACUCUGUGUAAAUAUUCCGUUCCAAUUUUAUGGAGAACCAUUUGGAACUAUAAUACUUUAAUUGCGUCGCUUCCAAACGAAUCAAAGAACAUAUUAAACAAGAAUGAAAUCAACUUUAUAAAUCCAAAUUCCAUCCCACCAUUAUUCAAUUAUACGGAAUUUAUCAAGAGUCUUUCAAUCGAUGAGAUUGAUAAAAAAAUUGAAAGACUUCUUAAGCAUCAUAAAUCACCAAAUAUUAACUAUAACAAAUACAUAGUAACUCGGGAGAUAUUUAAAAUGUGCAUGAAUAAAAUUUAUUCCCUAAGGGAAUUGUCUUUCCCUCAUUUGGUAAGAUACAUUCCAUUCACAACUUACCCUGGAGCGACCGAAUGUUUGAGAUACCUUUCGGAACUAAGCUGUAGUUCAAAUAUCUAUUCGGAAUUCUUUUAUCAGUUAUCACAAAUUUGUCACAAGAUACAAUCUUUGAAUAUAACUUUUAAUAAUGUAAUUUCGAAUGGAUUGAUACAAUUAAUUACCGUUCAAAAGAAUUUGAAAUAUUUGACGUUUGAAGGGUUUGACAAUUUAGAAGUGGUGAUUCCUUUAUUAAAGAAACAUUCCAACAAUUUUUUGGAGUUAAAUCUUUAUGGUCAUCUUCCUAUACCUUUGUCAUUUAUCGCUGAUUACGUCAACCUACGAGAACUCGUUUUAUCAUUUGAUCGUCAUUGUGGUUUUGAGAAUUUUGAAAAUUUACAAGAUGUUUCCCUCCCUCGAUUACAAAUUUUGAAAUUUUCAUACGGGGGUUCAAAUCAAGAUUAUUUGAUUAAAUUCUUGGAAAGGAAUGGAAUGAAUUUAGAAGAGUUUACCGUUGAUGGUACUAAUCAUGAUUCGUUAAAUUUGGCUGUAGCCAAAUUUUGUCCAAACUUGAGGUCUUUAUUCACCAUAUUUUUGAAAGAUGAAAUAGAAACUUUAAAAAUCAUCUUCAACAAUUGCCAACAGUUGGAAUGUAUUAGGGUUUGGUGUGGCGGUAAAUAUUUACCUGAAGAUGUUUUGUUGAAAGUUGUCACAAGUCAUUCCCCAAAAUAUUUUUAUGAAUUAAAAAUGAAUUAUGAAUGUAAAGGAAAUCGCCUCUUCAUAAACUGGAAAUAUCAAAAUAAGGAGCAGGAAAAAAAUAAAAUCUUUUCUCAUUUGGAACAACAAGAUGAACAUGAACGGUUGAAUGUAUGGUUGAAUCAGGAAUGGUGGAUUCGAAAAAGAAACGAUCGGUUGUCAUUGUUAAAGAAUCGAACCGAAAAUGAAAGGUCGAUAGGUCGAAGUAGAAAUGAAAUUGAACGAUCGGAUGAAUUGAUAAUAGGUCAGUCAAUUGAACGGUUGAAUGAACGGUUAAAAGAACGGUCAGUAGGUUGGACAGGUCGGUCGAUUGGUCCAAUUAGAAGAAACGAAUGGUUGAAUGUCCGACGAUCGAGUGAAUUGCCAGGUCGGUCGAUUAAUAUAGAAAGAAGAAACGAAUUGAAUGAACGGUUGAUAGGAUGGACAGAUCGGUCCAUGGGUCAAAAUACAAAUGAGUUGUCAAAUGAACCGACUUUUCGAGAUGAAAAUGAUAAGGCUAAAGAAGGAUUAGAGUCCUUUUUUAUAAGUUGGACAAAUCGUGUACCAAAAAAAUCAUUUUCUUUGACUUUUAUCAGUCAAAGCUGUUCAAUUACAACAAAGUUGGAAGUUAAAAAGAGUAUUGUUGAAGUAAUUGAAAAGUAUAAAGAGCUAGGUGUCGUUAAAAAGUUUGAAGUGGUUGAUUUUUAUGAUUUUGAGCUAUAA